CGACUACAUUAGUUCAGUAGUCACUAACAACAGCAUGUUAGAUUUUGUGAAACUACCUCACUACGCUCAUUUUGAUUGAGAACGUCGCGGCGUGAUAUUGUAUUCUUCAAUUCAAAUACUGCAUUAUUGCUCUUUCUUGUUUAAAGAAACACAAUGAAUAACAAAAAAUUCAUAGACUGUACAAAGCAAUUUAGUGAAUUAGAUUCAGCUGUUUGUGAAUUAAUUCUGACCGCUAUCUCUGCUAGGAAAUUUGCUUACGUGCCGUAUAGUAAUUUCCCUGUUGGUGCUGCGUUGCGCACAAAAUGUGGAAAAGUCUUUAGUGGUUGCAAUGUGGAAAAUGCCGCUUUUACCCCUGGCGCUUGCGCCGAGAGAACUGCCAUUUGUAAGGCAAUAAGUGAAGGUUACAAAGAAUUCGAAUCAUGUGCAGUGGUUGCAUAUCAGAAAGAUACUCUGACACCACCGUGUGGUGUUUGCCGGCAAUUUUUAAUUGAAUUCGCCGUCGAAGAUUUUCCAGUUUAUGUUGCGAGAGCGGAGGAUCCUCCAAGUGAUGUGUUGUGUACUUCUGUUUACAAUUUGCUUCCUAAUGGAUUUAGAUGUUAUAAAUGAUUAAAAAAAAUGUUUUGAAUGUCUUAAAUUAAAUUAAUAUCUGCUUUAA